AGUGGCCAUUUUGGUCCGAUCGAUCCUCUGCGAUCUCGACCUCGGCGGGGCCCGAUCCAGUGUGGCCCGCUGCUCGCAUGGCGCUGAAAUGCGUCCUGGCGCGGCGCGAUCCUACUCGAUUUCGACCGUGACUAGGGGCCGAUGCGGCUCGAUCCGGCGCACAUUCCGAUCCGAUCCGAUUUUCCGAUUCGAUGCCGGCUGAUCCUGGGUCAGCCCAGCAGGGUGCAGGAAAGUUUGUCUCAAGUUGGAUGCUCAAGUGCCACCGUUCAUGGCUGACUCCAUGCCCUUCACCUUGACGCAAGGAGGCUCGCGUCGUUUCAGAUUUAGACUCUGGAGCCAGAGCAAUGUUCGUGCCCGCCGGAGACCGCUUCCGGCUGUCCCCCGAGACCCGCGAGCGCGUACUGUCUCGAGGAUCCCGCUGCCCCGCUGAGAGCACCCAUCGUGCGCUGAAGCCUGCGGCCGUGAGCGCGCUCGUGCAACUCGCUCGGGAGGCAGUCCGCCACCAGUGGGGCAGCUUCGUCCCGGGAGACCCCCAGAUUGCGACGCGGUGGCAUUUCGAUGUGGCGACCGGCGGCUGGGUAGACGACGCAGUGGUCAUCCAGAUGGACACAAAGCCUUUUGGCAGGGGGGCCGUGCGCGAGUGCUUCCGCAUGAAGGAGGUGCAUCUGAACGCUGCGCGUGAGCCUGGUGCGACCAGCGACCGCCUGACUUUCCAGGCGAUUGCGUUCGCCGUUCUGGAGCUAUCCAGGGGCAGACAUCGGACUCUGUGGGUGGCGAAGCGUUCCAUCGCGGACCACCAUCGCAAGUUUUUACACAGAGAGGCCUGUCAGAAUGACGUCAUUCACCAGACGCUGGCAAAGCACUACGCAGAGCUCUUCAACAGAGAGGUGCACCGUCGCUCCGCCGAGACUGGCCUGGGUCGCUGCGGAGCACACGACGUCGACUUCCUGCUUCCUCACAUGAUCGAGCUCUCCGACGGGCGCACAUUCGGCGUGGAGGCGUUCAUGUUCGGUGAUUACACCAAACACAACACUAACAACGGUCAUACCCUGGGGAGCCGUACUACGCCGCAGGCAUUCAGCUAUUUCACGUUCAUCCAGUCUGGUCGGCGACUGAUGAUUGUAGACAUCCAAGGUGUGGGUGAUCUCUACACAGACCCUGUGAUCCACUCCCUGCCGAGCCACUUCAGCGGCGCGAUGACAGAUGAUCUCAGGGUUGUUCCCCUGCUCCCGUACUUUGCGCUGUCGCCACACGAGGAGCGACAGGGUGCACCGCUGGGCGCAGAGACGGUCUCAGACCUCAUCCGAUGGGACCGCCACCGCCCGGCGCGAGCGGGAGCGGCGGCCGCAGGCCCCCCCGGGCGGCCCCCCGCACUUUGGCGGCGCUGCGACCGUGGCCCUCGGCAGCAUCCCCGGGGUGGACCUGGGCGACUGGUGCGACUGGCUGGCCGCGCCGCCUCCAGG